AUGCCUUCCAACGACUUCGUCCGAACCGUCUCUCGCAGCUACCGCGUCCUGGUGAUCGGUGGUUCCUACGGAGGUCUCGCCGCAGCACUGAGUCUUAUAGAUCUCUCCAACGCCCGCGUACCCCGCUUCACCUAUAACCCCGAAGCCAAACCCCCAACACAUCGCAUCCCCAUUCAAAUAACAGUCGUGGACAAGCGCGAUGGCUACUUCCAUUUAAUCGGGUCACCCAAGGCACUUGCAAGCAAGAAAUUUGCAUCCGAGGCCUGGACCCGAUUCCAAGAUAUUCCUGGAUUGAAGAGUCCCGAUCUGAGCUUUAUCCAAGGCAGCGUGAGCUCGGUCGAUUUCAAGAACAAGGUUGCUCAUAUCGUGGAUUCGGAGACAAAGGCCAAUCGGUCCGAGGAGUAUGAUUAUCUAGUUGCGGGCUCCGGCCUGCGACGCACAUUCCCAACUGUGCCGCAGUCUUUGAGGCGCGAGCAGUUCCUCAAGGAAGUGGAAGAACAUUCGUCUGAUGUGGAGAAUGCGCCAGGGGGCGUUGUUGUGGUUGGUGGAGGCGCGGUUGGCGUGGAGAUGGCGGCUGAAUUGAAGAUUCUAAACCCUACACAGAAAGUGACUCUCAUCCACUCACGGGAUCGACUCCUUUCGUCAGAGCCAUUGCCGGAUGACUUCGCCGCGCGUGCUCUUUCCAUCUUACUCGAGACGGGAGUUGAGGUUGUUCUUGGACAGCGCGUCGUUGAGACCACGGCUGUAGAUACGGACAACGAUAACGCGCGGGCUUGGGAGUUGACGCUCAGCGAUGGCAGAAAGCUCACUACGGGCCAUGUACUGAACGCGGUCUCACAGUCUGUCCCGACCUCGACAUACCUGUCCAAGGAGGCGUUGAAUGAGGAUGGAUACAUCAAAGUGAACCCUGCACUGCAAUUCUCGGGUGAAAUUCCCAAUGCGGAGAACCACUGGGCUGUGGGAGAUCUCACUGCUUGGGAAGGUAUUAAGCGAUGCGGUGGUGCCAUGCACAUGGGUCACUAUGCUGGUAUGAACAUUUACGAGCAUAUGCUGGCGGAGUGCACCGGGCAAAAGCCAAAUUACCAGACUCUAUCGGCAUUCCCAUCGGUGAUGGGACUGGCUAUUGGUAAGAAUGCUGUGAGCUAUACGCCUGAUGAGGGGACUCGCGAGGGCGAGGAGCUGCAGAAGAGCAUGUUCGGCAAGGAUAUGGGACACACUAUUUGCUGGAACUAUAUGCGGCUGGGUGAGCCAAUUAAGGCUUAA